GCAAGAUUCGAUGCAUGUUGCAAAUGUAAACACACAUCGCAGCUUACAAGGAUAGCAAACUAGGAACAGUCAUGGAAGUAAAUCUGUCGUUUUAAGCGAUAUUGCAAGUUUUUGUCGAGCUGUCGACGUUUAUGUGUUGAAUCAGCUGUUUCGUUGAUUUGCCUGUGGUCUCGAAGCUUGUUACUUGUUACGGCACAUUUCGUUACGCAGUCGAAAAAGUGUAGUGCUUUCUAAUUUGACAGGAACGCGCGCACGUUUAUUGUAGCUCAUAGUAAAACAACGUACCACAUAGUCGAAUGUUACGUGCUGCGUGUAUCGCAACUGUUUAUCUAAAGUCUUAAAAAUAAAGUCUCUUUCAGACACAAUUUCAACUCCUCAACAGUAGAGUAUUGUUGUAACACUUCGAAGCCAUAUAGAUUUUAAGCGACACAUAAUGCAGCAUUAACCAGCGUUAAACUAGGACUAACAUAUUGCACGACAUUUCUAGUAAACUUUUAAAAUGAGAAACUUUGUUCCGGAUUUGAUAAUAUGUUUCGUAUUAAUAAUUACCAUAACAGUGUUUAGACUGUUUUCAAGCAUCCUGCAUGAAAGUCUCGGCGAUGGGCCAGCUGUUCCGCCUGUUGCCGUUGCAGAUGGGACUGUAAUUCAAGCACAGGAGGAAGAACUAACGUUAUCGCAGUUGAUCGACCGAAAGUCAAAAGAGUAUUCCUGGCUACUGAGGCUGUCGGUUAACACGCUGGGGUAUAUUUGUAUAUUCAUUCCCGGUUUAUUGAUUUACAAAUACACUCGCCGCAUUAAAUACUUGGAGCGAUCCGAUAAAUCAUUGUUUGGGAAUGUAGUGCGAGUAUGCUUCGGAAGCGGUUCGGAUGGAGAACGUGGAUUAGAGAGCAAAACAGCUGAUAGAGGGUCAGGCGCUAAAAGAACCUCUAUGCAGGAUUGUUUCCUUCUGGUUUACUGUCUGCUUGGAUUAAUGGGAUCCUAUUUGACGUGGGGCGUUCUGCAAGAAAAAAUCAUGACUCAAGAAUAUGUUAACGCUGACAAGAAGAAAGCACAUUUCAAAGAUUCUCAGUUCCUCGUGUUUACUAAUCGUGUUCUAGGAUUUCUAAUAACAGCAGUUUAUCUUACCGCAAAAAGUCAACUGCGACAACGAGCUCCUCUGUACAAAUACUCGUACGCAUCAUUCUCCAACAUUAUGAGCGCGUGGUUCCAGUACGAAGCCCUCAAGUUUGUCAGCUUUCCUACUCAAGUGUUAGCUAAAUCCUGUAAAAUAGUACCUGUUAUGAUAAUGGGUAAAAUUGUGUCUCGCAACAAGUAUGAGUUCUAUGAAUAUAUUACUGCUAUUAUGAUAUCAGUGGGGAUGAUCUUUUUCCUCACUGGCUCAACGGAUGAGUCAAAAACAACGGCUAUGACGACGCUGACAGGAGUACUGCUGCUGACGUUCUAUAUGAUAUUCGAUAGCUUCACUUCGAACUGGCAAGGCGAGCUGUUCAAAACGUAUUCGAUGUCUUCGAUCCAAAUGAUGUGUGGAGUUAAUCUAUUUAGUACACUGUUUACGGCAGCUUCACUUUCCAUGCAGGGUGGCUUCUACAGUUCUUUACAAUUUGCUGCCGAGCAUCCGAAGUUUGUUCUGGAUUGUGUUGUCCUUUCCAUAUCGUCCGCGAUUGGGCAAUUGUUCAUUUUCUACACUAUCGCUACUUUCGGUGCGGUAGUCUUCACGAUAAUCAUGACUCUUCGUCAAGCUAUUGCCAUUCUACUGUCUUGCUUGAUCUACAAGCAUAGUAUCUCGAGGCUGGGCAUCUUCGGAGUGCUGAUCGUGUUUGCGGCCAUAUUCUUGAGAGUAUACUGUAAUCAUAGGAUGAAAACCAUCAGACGAAGACACAUGGCGGAUGCUGCAGUAGGCAAACCACGUUUGAAUGUUUAGAGUUGUAUUUACCAAAGGCUUAAAGUACUUUUAUUUGAGUUGUUGAAAUGACGCGCUAGUUUAUUUGAGUUGUUGGAAUGACACGCUAGUUUUUUAACAGUAGCACCAACAUGCUGUGAUUUGCUCAAACGGAGAAACCAUACUAAUGAGAGCAAUUAGCAUAAAAACUUGUAAAAUAACGAAAUAGGUUUGUAAGUGAUAGUGACUUCAAAAUAAUUAGUGUGUGUUAAAUCUCAGAAUAUUUUAUUUUGUUUUAUUUUAUCUGAAACCGUACUAGAAAAUCUAUAAAUAUAACAGGUAAUAUCCAAUUGGCAAAGAGAAAAAUAAACGUGCAAACGAUAAAUGAA